UCAUCUGGAGCUCGCACCCGGCGUAUGUCAGCAGUGGCGUGUGCGUUUGUUUGGCAACAAAAGACAAUUUUUUUUAACCAGUUAGCGACAUUUUGUCGACGACAGUAUAUUUGUGGACUUUAUCACAGGCAGUAACGUUAGUUGGUAGUGAUGACACCGCCGCUGCUAACGUUACUGUCCGUUGGAGGAAGAGGAAGGAGGUGAUGAUGAUGAUGAUGAUAUGCAGUUAGCUGGCUGCUUGGCUGGCUGACGGACGGACGGACUUGAGCCCACUGUGUGUGUGGUGUCGCCCCACAACCAGAGCAGGAUCCGGGACAACAAGAGGCGAAGAUGCCGCGGAGGAAACAAUCCAACCCCCAGCCGGUGAAGUUGGAGUCGGAGGAUGGGGCGGUGGUGUGUGAGCCGGGCUGCCUGGUUCUGGAGAGCGACUUCCUGCUGAGCGGAGAGCUGGAGUUUGGAGACUCCGAGAUCAUGGGGCUGGAUAGAGAGUCCGGUAUGACGGUCUUCUCUCUGAGUGUGGAGGACGACCCUUCAGCACCAACAGACUCCACCUUCCCAGCUUUCCUCUCCUGUAAAGGAUGUGGUCAACUUCUGGGAGACUCUCCUCUGGGAGCAGGUUUAGAUCUAGGUGUGGGCCUGGACCUGGGGGCGGAGCUGUAUUGUCUGACCUGUGAGGAAGGCCUCCAGCAUGAAGCGUCAGUCGACUCGUCUCAGGUGGAGGAGGCCGACCGAACCAUCAGCGGCGACUCCGACAGGAAGAGGAGAAGCGCAGGUAAGACAGACGGGGCAGGUGACAUCCCUUCUAAGCUGUUCUCGUGCUCGCUGUGCCCCUUCACAUCGCGCUACUCCAACCACCUGAAGCGCCACAUGAGGACCCACGACGGAGAGAAGCCAUACCGCUGCCCCGUCUGCCCCUACGCCUCGGCCCAGCUGGUCAACCUGCAGCGCCACGCCCGCACCCACACCGGGGAGAAGCCGUACCGCUGCCACCACUGCAGCUACGCCUGCAGCUCCCUCGGCAACCUGCGGAGGCACCAGCGCAUGCACACGCAGGAGAGACCACAGAGGAGGGAGAAGGAGAAACGACGAGGGAGGAGGAAAAAGGCAAACGCUGAAACUGAAGAAGUAGUGUCAGACCUGACCCUGCGAGUGUCCCAGGACUCAGGGUACCUCCAGACGUUGGGGGGCCUCGGCUCUCCCUCCGCCCCGCUCCCUGUCCUCCUCUUCCCCCUGUGCUGCCGGGUGUGUGGCCUCACGCUGGAGGAGGCCGACCUGGAGGGGGACAAGGCCGAGGGGGAGGUGGAGGGCGACGGAGGGCAGGUGUGUCGUCGUUGCUCGUUGGACCUGCUGUCCAAAGAUCGGUCGGGGUCUCCCUGCAGCCCGGCCGUGUCUCGGGGACCCCGGCGGGGUCAGCAUGGUACCAAGCUGUACCGCUGCCCUCACUGCCCCUUCCUGUCCCACUACCCAAACCACCUGGCCCGCCACGCCCACACCCACUCAGAGGAGAAACCACACCGCUGCCCGCACUGCCCCUACACCUCCUCGCACCUCGACAACCUCAAACGCCACCUGCGCGUGCACACGGGGGAGAAGCCCUACCAGUGCCCGUCGUGCAGCUACGCCUGCGGAAACCUUGCCAACCUGCGGCGACACGAGCGCAUCCACUCGGGCGCCAAGCCGUUCCACUGCAGCGUCUGCGGCUACUCCUGCAACCAGAGCAUGAACCUGAAGAGGCACAUGCUGCGGCACACGGGAGAGAAGCCGUACGCCUGCGCCGAGUGCGACUACACCACGGGCCACUGGGACAACUACAAACGCCACCAGAGGAAACACGGGCACAACACGGACAGCUGGGACAAACACGCACCCAUCAACGGCCUCAGCUGGGGCAAAGACACUCAGGAGAGCCAGAGUCAGGGACAGGAACAAUGUUAGUGUGUGUGUGUGUGUGUUUGUGUGUCUGUGUGUCUGUGUGUCUGUGUGUCUGAGUGAGUGAUACACUGGUGAACCUCCAGCUCAGGUUGGAGCUUAACUCAGGUGCCUUUUGACAGACUAUGUAGCUGCACUGACUUUAUAAAGGGGCAUUCGUGUGUGUGUGUGCUGCAUAUAGUCACAGACACAGUUAAAUACGGUAAAUGCAGUCCACAGACUUCUGAUCCAUCAGAAUGUGACUUUUUCUAACGUGUGUCAUGAAGCCACUCUGAAUCUGCUGAAUUUAAAUGUUUAUUUUUUUCCUCUACAGAUAAUCUAUAUUUUGUAAAUGUGGGUGAAUUGUUUUUUUCAUAAUAGCAGGGUAUCUUACAAGCUUGAGUAAAUCUGGGUGUGUUUUUUUUUUAUUUUUUUAAAUCCAGGAAAGAUUGGACUUUCAGUGGGGUUCCUGCGCAGCUUUAGCUUGUUUCCAGACCUCUGAAUCAUUGUGAUUGUUUUACUACAUAGCUAACUAGCUACCUAGCUUUAUUUAUGAAAGAGUAUGACUCAAAAAGGACA